GAGAACUCAAUUGAGUUUAUCCAAACAAUUUGUUUUGAGGUGAGAAAAGAAAUUCGCUUUGCAUCUGUCUGUAAUGGCGACGCCAUGCUUGGCCCAUUUCUCAUCGGCGGACCAUGGCGAUUCCUACGACCUUGUCCAAGAUCAUCCUUGUGGGAUUGAACAUCCUGUUCAUCGCCGCCGGCGCGCUGCUCAUCUACGUGGGCGCGUCCUUCAAGGGAAACCACUGGUCGGACGUGUUUUCCGCGGCCACGGCCACCUCCGUCAACUCGCUCGGCCUGUACACGCUCAUCUUUGGCAUCGUGGUCGUGGCCAUCGCGUGCCUGGGCCUGUUCGGUGCGCUCUGUCGCAACAAGAUCCUGCUCACGGUCUAUGCGGUCUUUGUGUUCCUCGCACUCGCUGUGUUCACGGCGUUCGCGGUGCUGGCCUUCAUAUCAGCGUCCACGGCGUCGAAAUGGAACGCCGCCGAGUUUCCCGCCGCUACCGAGGAAUCCCAGGUCGCCUCGUCACUCAAUGAAGUGUACUGCUACGCCCAAGGCGCCCGGCUCUGCACGCUGGCGUCACCCCGCGAAGCGUUCAAAACGUUCGUCCCGGCACUGGCCGACACGAUUGUGGGCGUGUCGACGCUGCUGAAGAUCAACGUAGACGAGACGACCGGCAUCAACGGCUUUUGUCUCCAGGUGGACAAGCAAGUGGCGGCGCUUGGCGUGGUCGGCGCGACCGCGGCCAAGGCGCUUCCAUCGCAAUACAAGCAAGUGUGCGAAACAUGCGCCGACGUCGAUAAAAAGUACAGCAACUACAAGUCCAUUUUUGUGUUUGCCGAAGAAAAGUGCCCUCUGAACCCGACCACGGCCACAUUUUGCGGCAACUUUUUGCUCUCCAAGACCCAGACCAACGUGUACAAGAGCGCCCCGUACGAAGUGUGUCGACCGGCGAUCCUCGACCUGUGGCACUCGAUGUCCAUGAAAUUGGCCAUUGGCAGCACCGUCGCCGCCGCCAUCUCGCUCAUCCUCUUGUUUUUCGCGUGCGCGGCGGGCAAACGAAGUGACUACGACCGCUACUCAUAUUAGCUCAAUGUUUGAAUUCGACAAUGGAUUGAAUGCUAACGUGAUCGCAUCGUGACCCCCUUGCAGCAAUUUCGUCAUCAAAAAUGAGUUUUCCACUUUGGGAAAGGCGAUGAUAGGGAAAGAAAGCCCCGAACAACUCGACUUCUGGCUCGUGGCGUCGUGGCCAUGGAUUCCAUGGAUUUCAUGGCCACGACCAAUGUCGUUCUCAUGGCUACGUAAUGUGAAUGCCAUGGCAUGCCUAGCUUCGUAGCGUUAUGUGAGGUGUCGUUCGUUGUCCGCUGUGCAGCGUGAAUCCCUUCGACGAUCGGCGAACUGACGUUAUUGA